AUGUGGCCCAACGUUAGCACCGCCCCCUUUCUGCUGACUGGCUUCCCCGAUAUGGAGGCAGCUCACCACUGGAUUUCCAUCCCCUUCUUUGCCAUCUAUGUCUCUGUGUUUCUAGGCAAUGGCACCCUGCUCCACCUCAUUAAGAAUGAUGGAAGACUCCAGGCACCCAUGUAUUAUUUCCUUGCCAUGCUGGCAGCGACAGAUCUCACAGUGACACUGACCACGAUGCCUACUGUAAUGGGGGUCUUAUGGACAAAUCUCAGGGAAAUAAGCCAUGGAGCCUGCUUCUUACAGGCUUAUUUCAUUCACUCCCUUUCCAUUGUGGAAUCAGGUGUCUUGCUUGCCAUGGCCUAUGACCGUUUCGUUGCCAUCCGUUCCCCUCUGAGGUACACCUCCAUUCUUACCAAUUCCAGGGUGACGAAGAUAGGCCUGGCGGUACUGUUGAGGGGCUUUGUAUCCAUCGCGCCUCCAAUUCUGCCCCUCUACUGGUUCCCUUACUGUCGUUCCCAUGUCCUUUCCCAUGCCUUCUGCCUCCACCAAGAUGUCAUGAAACUUGCCUGUGCUGAUAAUUUUAAUCGCUUAUACCCAGUUAUCCUGGUGGCUUUGACUUUCUUUCUGGAUGCUCUAGUCAUUGUCGUUUCUUAUGUCCUAAUUCUGAAGACGGUGAUGGGCAUUGCCUCUGGAGAGGAGCGAGCUAAGGCCCUCAACACUUGUGUCUCCCACAUUAGCUGCGUGCUGGUGUUCUACAUCACUGUGAUCGGCCUGACCUUCAUCCACAGGUUUGGGAAACACGCCCCACAUGUGGUCCACGUCACCAUGAGCUAUGUCUACUUUCUCUUUCCUCCAUUCAUGAACCCCAUUAUAUACAGCAUCAAGACUAAGCAGAUUCAAAGAAGCAUCAUUCACUUUUUUUCUGUACACAAGAGGGCUUGA